AUGAAGAUUUUGCAUGUCCGCUUAUUAACUAUGUGUCUGUGUUUCCGUGUUGUUGUUGUAGGGAUCCACGUGGAUGCAGUAAACUCCUUGGGCCAGACUGCUCUCUUUACUGCUGCACUCUUCGGUCUCGGCAAAAUAGUGGAUGUGCUAUUGGAUUACGGCUCGGACCCAAAUCACCGUUGCUAUGAUGGGAGCACGCCAGUACAUGCUGCAGCCUUCUCAGGAAAUCAGGGGGUUCUUAGUAAGUUGUUGGAUGUGGGCGGUGAUCUGCGAGUCCACGAUAAAGAUGGAAGAACUCCACAGUGCUGGGCUCUGUCAGCUGGAAAGGAAACUAGCGCUCAGAUGCUGGAAUUUAUGCAGCGUUGUGCUUCACACAUGCAGGCCGCAAUUCAGAAUUUCCCUUCUGAUUUACUUAGGAAGACUGACUCAUCCAAAGUACUGAUCUGUGGCCCAGGUAGAUUUGGUGGCCUUGUUCAAGGGAUUGCAGACAGUCCUCUGGGUAAAUUUCUAAAAGGUGGAGCAAAUUCAUCACGGAACAUCUACAGCUUUGGGUUCGGGAAGUUUCAUCUAACAGGCAAUAAGCAGCUUGGGUACCUGGCAUCUCUCCCUAUCAUUGGGGAUAGAGAAGUGUUCCAGGCAGAUGAUGAACCCACAUUCUCUUACCACACGGGACCAUACAUGCUUAUGGCAAACCUAAUGUGGGGUGGCAGCAGAGUCACGGUGAAGGAGCUCAAUUUUAAACCACAUCAGAACUGUAGUAAGCUCCGUUUAGCUGAUCUUCUAAUAGCAGAGCAGGAGCAUAGUAGUAAACUUCGCCAUCCUCACUUGCUUCAGCUGAUGGCAGUUUGUUUAUCUAGUGACUUGGAAAAAACUCGUUUGGUGUAUGAGAGAGUUAGCUUUGGCUCACUGUACAGCAUCCUCCAUGAAAGGCGUUCAGAGUUCCCGGUACUGUACAUGGAGACAAUUGUGUUUCUGCUGCUUCAAAUUAAUGAUGCAUUGAGGUUCUUGCAUGCUCGUGGAUUUGUCCACCGCUCACUGACCUCCUAUGCUGUACAGAUUGUUUCUGCCGGUGAAGCAAAGUUAACAAACUUGGAGUACAUGCUCGAAAGCAAGGAGGGAGGAGAACACAUUGAUCUUACACGCGUUCCUGUCCCAGCUCAGCUAUAUAGAUGGUGCUCUCCUGAAGUGAUCCUUCAAAAGGCUGCUACAGUCAAAUCAGACAUUUAUAGCUUCUGUACAGUAAUGCAAGAGGCCUUAACAGAAACUCUGCCCUGGAGUGGCCAGGAAGACUCCUUUAUUAAAGAACUCAUUGUUUCUCGGCAAUACCUGAAUACUGAUGCCAGACUUCCUAAACCCUAUUAUGACAUUGUAAAGACAGGCUUGGAAGCCAAACAGAAGGACCGCUCCAUCAGCCUCCAGGAUAUUCGGUAUACCCUGCAGAAUGACUUAAAGGAUUUGAUUGCUGCUCGAAUGGAUCGCCCUGGUGAAAGCUCACAUGCACAAGGGCACAGUCUGUCUGCAGACGUAAACAUCUAUUUGGGGUCAGAAUCCAAGUACCAGAGGAGAACACUUGAGCUGCAAGGAGAAGCAAUCGUAGAGUCUGCAUGCAGCUAUACUGUGCCAAGAUGUUCAGUAUCUCCUGCGAAAAAAGGAACUGUUCUAGAUCAUGAGGCUAUGGUUAGUGUGCAGCCAGGUCCACACGAUCUGAGCCAAGAUGUGGCUUCUAACCUCCAGAGGACCUUCAGUGCCAGUGAUGUUAAUGAGAGCCUCUGUAGCUUUGAAAUGAAUGAAAUCUAUGCAUAUUAUUCAGAAUUCCAUGAAAAUGCUAUGGAAGGACAAGCUGAGAUAGUGUGCACCUUGGGGGCUGAAAUAGAGCAGCAAAAUGUAGAAGAGGGUAAGGAUGCCUCCAAGCUCCUACCUGUAACUUCUGAAAUACAGCUAGAGGAGAAGCCCAGUUCUGAGGAAGGGAGCUCUUCAGAAACAGAUCCAGAGCACAGUUUGGGGGAAGAAGAGGCACUAAGCGAGACCUCAGAGCUGUACAUGCUGGACCAAGAGGAAAGAGAUGUCAGGACUAGUCUGAGUAGCCCAUCCAGGACUGGGCAGCACAUUAGCAAAUGUGUCCUGAACCUAAAGAUUUCUCAGACCUUCCUGCAGCAGGCAACAAAUUCCAUUUGCAGAACAGAGGAGAAGUUAAAUGAAUUAGAGACAAUCCAAAAACAACAGAGACAGCUUAAGGAAAUGCAAACAGAACAGUUUGCUAAGCAGAUGUUCAUAGAGAGCUACCUGGAGAACAUUGAUGAUGUCCUCAAAAAUGUCAAGAUACCUUAUUCAGGAGCAAAUGUGUUUUUGUGGAAGGCAGUAGGCCCUCCUUCAAGGAACUAUACCCCUCCACCUCCACAAGUGCCUGGUUCACAGAAGGCUGUGGGGAUCAACCAUUUCCAGGCUAUCACAAAGGCUGUGCAGGAAAAAAGGAAAGCACAGAGAGAAAAGACAGAAUGCUUUGGUCAAAGUAACAAGAACAAAGGUGAUGUCUACCACAGCAGUUUCUGCCUGGGGUCUUCAGUAGGACCAAGCAAUCCGCAAUUACACCCACGCGUGUCUGUAAGACGGAAAAGAAAUGUCAACUUGCAGCACGAGAGCGGAGGUGAUUCAAGUUCUGCAGGAAGUGCAGUUGAAGAGGAGAUAUGGCGGCUUCCAAAAUCAGCAUCUGAAAUUUCCAACAGAAGAAUAUUAUGUGAAGAGAGAAGGAUGGUGCAGCCAGAAUGGACAACUGAAGUGAAACAGAUGGCUAAAAGAGCAGUCUCAGGCCAGCUGGGACUUCUUCCUCCAUAUGCGCCCAGUGAAUGCACUUCUGAGAGUGAAGCAGAAAGCCUGAAGGAGACAUAUCUACAAGCCACCAUCAAGGAUCGGGGAUAUCCUGAGUGGCAGAGAAGAGCUGGCAGGUGGCAGACAGGUAGUGGCACUGACACGCUGGAUCUGGGGAGGAAGGAAAAAUCUGAAUCGGAGUGGAGUGACGCAGAGUCUAUCUUCGAAAGUUUUGCAGGUAGAAAUGGCCAGUCUCCAUCAAAAGAUGAACAAGCAGAGUCUGGAACAGCCUCUCAUAAGAAUUCAGACAUUUCUAGAGGAUCUCAGAAUCUCUCUAGGGGGCAUUCGAGGGUGUUAGAUCAUUCCUCUGAUUCUUCUCCUGACCUGUCCGAUGAAUUUUUCACUCCUGACCCUGAUGAAUUUUUCCCUCCUGUUACUCAAGACAGCUCAGAAGUAGAGACCUCAAGUUCUGAAGGUGAAUUAGAAAUAACCCCAAAAGUCUGCGUACCAAACCAGAUCGGUGCGGAUGCAGAGUCAGGAAGAAAAAAAUUUCUCUGCAACACAGCAAAAGAAAACCUUAGCAAUAACACAGUGGGAGUAAAUCAACUCAGGCAUAUGCCUGUAGCCAGCGUUGAAGCAGCACAAGAAAUGAUACCUGGAGAGGCACUGGAAGAGUUCAAAGAAAACUAUAUAUCAUUGACAGAUAUUCAGGAUUUGUCCAGUAUUUCUUAUGAGCGAGAGAAUUCUAGUAAGGAUUCAACUUGUAAAACACCCAGAGUGGGUCAUGCGCCAACUAGUGUCAGCACUCCACUCAGCCCAGAGAAAAAAGUGUCAUCAUCCGCUAAAAAAUACAGAAACACCCAUGAAAUACCUCUGGAUACCUCUUGUUGGUCUACUCAAGAGACUGCCUUAACAGCAUCCAGCACUUUUACUACGGCCUGUGAGAAGCAAAGGAGCACUGAACUGCCCUUCGUCCCUUUGGAAACCUCCUCACUUGGAUUGACUGAGACUAGUGGUUUGUCAGGCCUUGGGGCAGCCUCAUCUUUAAGAAAGGCUAGGAAAGAAUUUGGUAAACCCAUUUCUACCACUGAGCAGAUUGACCUGGAGAAAGCUGACUUAAUCCCAGCGUUCUCUCAGGCAUCAGACCACUUUAUGGACGAGCUGCCUCCACCAGCCCAGGAGCUACUUGAUGAAAUUGAAUAUUUGAAGCAGCAGACUGCUGCCUCUCAGGAGAAGGGAUCAUGUAGCAGCAGAGUGCCAGUGAAAGCUCCCAGUCAGUGUCAACUGGCAGACAAAGAGGAAGCAGAGGAAAUUGAAAAUCAGGGAGAAGUAGAUCAUACUGCCUGGACUAAAGAGACAUUGAAUCAAACAGAGGAAACAGAGAGGGCUCAUUCUACUCUUGAUGAUGCUUUAGAAAGACUGCUCCACCCGAUUGCUGAGGCUGACAAGGUCCAAGGAGGACCUGAGGGACUUCCUCUCAGGGCAACAAGCCUUAAAGAUCAAGGAGAGGAAGGAAUGAAGAGUGGAAUAGAGGAAAGCAGUACCAGGGCAGAAAGCCGAGAGACAGAAAGCCGUGCAGGGAAUACUGAAGCUACAUAUCUCGAAGAUCAGAAACCCAAGUUGCGGCAGCGGCUACCUUGGACUUCUCCAGUCAGGGUAAUUGUCUUGGAUCAGAGCAGCCCUCCUAAGUGAUUGAAGUAAAUAGCUAAAUAAAAGCCAGCAUGUUUUUUGUUAUCUUCCCCAUUAUACAGUACCUGCCUCUGUGAUUUGCAACCCUCUCCAGCACACAAGCAAUAUUACAGUGCUUAGUCUUCCCUAAACUAUAACAAUAGAUAAAAAUGGACCAAAUGCUUUGCUCUCCAAACACAUCUGGUACAUUAAUUUUUGGUUCAUUUUUAUGCAGCCACUGCUUUUUAAUGAGAGGCAGUGCUCCAAAUAGUAUUGCAGAAUGGAGUUGUUUUCUGGAUACAGCCUUCCUGUCAAGCCUUUCGGCUUUCGUUUUUUCUCUAGCGCUCAUGCUCACCCUCAUAGGCAAAAGUAUGCCUUGCUCUGUUGCAUUAUACGGUUUCCAGUAUUAUUGACAAAAAUGAUUGUAAUUCUUUAAAUUGAUGCAGUGGCUGCUCUUUCUCAACGCUGAGGAGAGGAGCGCUCCUGUUACAGCCCAUGUGAUGUGUGGUUUUCUCUGUUCAUUAGAUGUGACAGGAUAAUUUCUUGUUUUCUCUUUUCCUGGUGCUUCCGUAAUCGAAAUUGAACCGAUUUAAAUGAUUAAGGGGAUUGAUCUUUGUGCAAAAAGUGAAUAACUGAGAAAAAGCCAGUGCCCUGCCAGGCAGUGUAAAGGCAGCAUAACAUAUCUGCUAGCUUCAGGCAGGAAUGAAUGGGAGAAUAACCAGUUAAAAGCAGUAAGGCCUCCCUUAUUUACUCAGGCCAUGGGCUGGAUGAGUCUGGGUCCCAUUGAUUUAACUGCACUUUGGCCCAUAGGAGUCUUUGUGACAGCUCACUUCUGCCUCAGGAGUGCUUUUAAGUGUGAAUUUACCCCUUGCUGCUUCAGCACAAACAUCUUCUUGCUUUUUGUUAGGUUUCAGUUGCACAUUCAGGUAUUUGGCACCCUGCAUGUUUCUCUCUUCCCUGAUGGCAGUGGGAAACUGCAUGCCUGACACUGUUACCUGGGUUCAUUUAUCUUAAUGUUAACAAUACUAAUAAAAGACU